CAUUGAUGUUACUUCUGAGGACGCACUCUUCCUCCUACCAGUCUCUCUCAGGAGCUCCCGUUGGCCACUGGUCCAGGUGCGUUGACAAUCUAUCACCAUGUGUGACGACGAGGCCACCGCACUGGUCUGUGACAACGGCUCCGGCCUCUGCAAGGCUGGCUUCGCCGGUGACGAUGCUCCACGAGCUGUCUUCCCCUCCAUCGUCGGCCGCCCUCGUCACCAGGGUGUGAUGGUGGGCAUGGGUCAGAAGGACGCCUACGUCGGCGACGAGGCACAGAGCAAGCGAGGUAUUCUGACUCUCAAGUACCCCAUCGAACACGGCAUCAUCACCAACUGGGACGACAUGGAGAAGAUCUGGCACCACACCUUCUACAACGAACUCCGCAUUGCCCCUGAGGAGUCUCCUGUCCUGCUCACUGAGGCUCCCCUCAACCCAAAGGCCAACCGUGAGAAGAUGACCCAGAUCAUGUUCGAAACAUUCAGUACCCCUGCCAUGUACGUGGCCAUCCAGGCUGUGCUGUCCCUGUACGCCUCUGGCCGCACCACUGGUAUCGUGCUGGAUUCUGGUGACGGCGUGACACACACUGUCCCGAUCUAUGAAGGUUACGCUCUUCCUCACGCCAUCAUGCGUCUCGACCUCGCUGGCCGUGAUCUGACAGAUUACCUCAUGAGAAUUCUCACCGAGCGAGGCUACUCCUUCACUACCACGGCUGAGCGAGAAAUCGUCCGUGACAUCAAAGAGAAACUGUGUUAUGUAGCUUUGGAUUUCGAAGGAGAAAUGGCUCAGGCAGCUGCUUCGACCGCCAUAGAGAAAUCUUAUGAGCUUCCUGAUGGGCAAGUAAUUACGAUUGGCAAUGAAAGGUUCCGCUGUCCCGAAGCGUUGUUCCAGCCUUCCUUCUUGGGCAUGGAAUCCUCAGGUGUUCACGAGACCGUCUACCAGUCCAUCAUGAAGUGUGACGUGGACAUCAGGAAGGAUCUGUACGCCAACACCGUCAUGUCUGGCGGCACCACCAUGUAUCCUGGUAUUGCUGACCGCAUGCAGAAAGAAAUCACCACCUUGGCUCCCUCCACCAUCAAAAUCAAGAUAAUUGCUCCUCCUGAACGUAAAUACUCCGUCUGGAUCGGUGGCUCCAUCCUGGCCUCUCUUUCUACCUUCCAGUCAAUGUGGAUCACCAAGGAGGAAUAUGACGAAUCUGGCCCAGGCAUUGUCCACCGCAAGUGCUUCUAAAAUCUUAGAUAUGAGCAUUUUAUAAAUCUGAACAGUUAUUUCACAAUCUUUUUUGCCCUCCUACUUUCAACGCAUUGUCGGUAAAGAAUUAAAAUCCCCUACCAUCGUUC